AUACUUACGCCAUGGCUUCCCAUUCGAAAAAGGAACAUUUUGAGGAGCUGGUAGAGAGCAUGACAUUGGCGGAGGUAGAAAGGAUUAUCGCGCUGUCAAAGAGCGUCGAAAAGACCAUGCAAGACUCGGAGGCUUGUAAACUGCUACGGAGCUUUAUGAAAAGCGAAAAGAAGUCCUUGCAGUGCCUGGACAUUUAUGAGAAGUGCUCUGAAUUCCUUGCGGAGAAACAUCCCAACUACGACUCCUAUGAGUUGGAUAUCCUGGCCCGCUUGGGACUGGCGCCUCACCUGAAGCAGCAUCUAGCGUAUCGAUUGAACAAUGCUGAUCCGAUUUCCAUAAGUCUCUGUCUUAAGAAUAUCAUGCUAAGUUGCCGGAACGAGGUUGAGGAAUAUUUUACAGACUAUAAAAACUCUAUCACUACAAAGCUGACGAAUCUCAAACUGGAACCAGUAGAAUAAUAGCAUAACAUUUAUUAGGAGAAGCACGCAAAAUAUUCAAUAUGU